AUGCCUCUCAAGGUAUCAACCUUGGGGACGGUCUCAGCCACAUCAUGGAUAUUGAUUCUGACUGCCUUCUUUUGUGGAAUGUUAAUGUCGCUGCCAUCCUUGUCGCUUAAUCCAAAGGACAAAUGUGUGAGUUGUCCUCACCUCGAAGACACUGGAAGUACGAAGGAAAUUGCCAUCAAGUGGCGACGAAUUGCCGGAGAAGUAUCUUGCAUCCAUGGCGGAGUUGGACCUACGGGAGGCUGGUGUCUGAACGAAACAGUGGUAGGAAAGGAACAUGUGCCAGCCUGUGUCGCAGUGUCGAAGGCGAUCGUCAAGUAUUUAGGUGAUGCAAAGCCUCUGACUCUUUUAGACAUUGGAGCUGGUGUAGGUCAAUACGGCAAAUGGUUUGAAUCGAAUAAUGCAACCAAUAUUAUGUGGAGGGGUUAUGAUGGUGCUGAAAACGUAGAGACCUUUACUAAGGGAUAUGUAAAAUGGAUUGAUGUAACUGAUGCUUUGUUUGAUACUAUUGACAUAAGGGCGGAUUGGGUCAUGUCUCUUGAGGUUGCUGAACUCAUCCCACCAGAAGCGACGACCCAAUUCCUCACCAUGCUUGAUAAACAUAAUCGAGAGGGCAUUAUAUUGAGUUGGGCGGUACCAGAUGAGGAAGGAUUUAAUCACAUCAACACAAAGACAAAUGAAGACGUCUUCAACAUGCUGGCUGCUCUAGGAUAUAUUCAAAACGAAUGGACACAGGAGUUUGAGAAGGACGUGAGAGGUGCUACGAGAUACCCUUGGUUUAAGAACACUUUUAUGGUCUUUUUAAGGGCAAAGCCGAUUCGUGACUAG